AGGUUUUAGCAUAAUUCUCAACACACUCUCGAUAGUAUUGUCACAGCUUCUGCUACGUUAAAGAAGUUUAUAUUUUAUUUAAAAUUUAAAAAUGUGCGCUCGCGUGAUAAUUAUGUUAGCUGCGCUCGUUGUGUUUGUGAGCGCUCAAGGAAUACCUACCAGGAAAUGUCCCGCGGGCGAGCACUCUGUAUUGUACUGUCCACAACAAGCAGAACCAUCUUGUGACAACCCUACGGUACACGACUUGGACGUGCCCGGAGCUUGCGACAUCCCUCAAUGUUUCUGUAAUACACCCACGAUCAGGGAUACUGCCACUGGGAAGUGUGUUGAACCAUCAAAAUGUCCUAAGAAAUGUUAAUUUUUAAUAUAUUUUUUAUUAUGAAUGACAUGUCUAUAUACAAAUUUCGGAUCUUUCCUUAGAUAAUACUAAUUCAAAAGUCAACUAACACAAAUGAAAAAUAUAUACCCC